AUGUACACUGAUCCUGUGGCAGAAUUACUGAGACCAAAGCAGUCAAAUUUAAUUAAAUCAAGUGACUCUGUAGGAUCCUAUCGUCCAAAAAGUAUACAAUCAAAUCGCAGCAACAAAAAUAUCAUUUCCCAAUAAUAAUAACGCCCUCCCUCUUAAUAAUCUUAAAUUGGGAGCAAUGGUGGAAAACGAAUAGUUCAUAUUGGUAGGAAUGGAAAAAAAAUUGAAUAAAUAUAGAGCAUUGCGCCAGCUAAGAACACUUAUGAUCUUUGUUAUGAGUUUGAUCCAUUUGUUUUAGAUCAGAUCAGUCCAGAAGAUCCAAUUUGGAGAUAGAUUUUGCCAGACAAUAUGCCAUUAGAUGAAUAAACUUUGGAGAAAUUAUUGGAAGAUAAUCCAGAUUAUUUUUAUCAUCAUCUUGGAUUUUGUGCAUGCUAUCGAUGCAAAUGUGGUAGAUGCAGAUGUGAUGUCUCGAAUUAAGUUAAAUUGAAGAUAAAUGGAUCUUUUUUAACUAUUUAUGAUAAGGAUUUUAUUCCUCAUAAAUCAAGCUAUAACAAUCUAACACCUUUGAAUUCUAAGACCUAUACAACAAAGUUUCUCGACUAAAAGACCAUCGAUUUUACCACAUCUCAUCAAUAAGACUAUAAGGAAAUGCCACUACAAUCAACUGAAAGUUUCAAACCUCCUUAUAGACCAUAAUUAGGAUCAAUGUCCAAUCUGACUAGUUACAGGUCUAAUUAUAGUAAUUGGGGCAACAAUUAUUAGAGAUUCAGCAGAUAUCCUCAUAUAAGUACAAGUACAGAUAUCAAGUUCAUUGGUAAAACACAAUAUCAAGAUUCUUUUGUUCCGCCUUCCAGUUGGAAAGUCGAAAACCAAAAUUACUUUAAAAGUGAACUGUCUCCUAUGCCUACAGGUCCCUUUGUAGGAAUGACCACAAGUUAAUAGAACUUUUAACCAUUUAAAGUAGCAAGAAGUCCUUAAAAACCCACACAUCAUAAAUAUGAAACUACUCCAUCCUUCGAUGGAUAAUUCACAUCUACAGGAAUGAAAGACUUUACUCAGUAAUAGGAUGAUUAUUGUCCAGCUAAACAAUUUCAGAAAAUAUUUAGAAAGAAAUUGGCAUAAAAAGUCGAGAAGAAAAAAGAGAAUUUUAUAGAACGUAGAAUAAAUAAUGCAAUGAAAGUUUGA